UUCUGGUUCCUUUUUCUCUCUCUCAAUGUGAUUGAAAUAUUUCUAAUGUUGGUAGCAUUUGUCAUGGAAGUAACCCUAAUGAUAGUAAAAAGGGGGGAAAAUAUUGAAGGCUCUACAACAGAGUCAACAGCAGGGGCUUGUUUAAUGGUUACCUGACUGCCGCUUAGAGCCGAAACGAAAGAACCAGUUGAAGAUCCUUGAAAUCAAACGCCUUUUGUUUCAAGACACAAUUUCUGGUCAAAUUGCUUUUAAUUUUGUUCUUAACAAUUGUUGAUGUUGUUGGCACUUAAGUCAGACACGGGUGUUUGUUGCGAUUUCUCUAAACAAACAACCUUUUGCAUGGUGCCUAUAUAUAGUUCGGCUACUGAUUCACGAUUGGAGGAACCCUCUCUCAUGAGCGUACCAAACCUAAUUUUCCUCAAGUCAUCACACUCCAGUAAGAAGCAUAAAAGGCAUAGAGAGGAGGGAGUGAGAAGAAUUAGAAGAAAUAUAAGUUUUGCUUAACAAUACAACAUUUGUUUGUGACACCUGGCUGAAGUGGUGGAGCUUAAGCUGUGAAAAAAGAUUUUCUUCCUCCAUUCUCUUCUUCUUCUUCCUCGUGGAGCUUGGGAUUGAGAUAAAUUCAACAAAUCAAUUCAAUCCAUAUUAGAAGAAGGCAUAGUAAAGAUGAGUAGCGGCAAUAGGAACGGACCCCCAAAGCACCAGAACAAGUACGCUUGGAAACCCAACGCUGGCCGCAAGAUCAACGAAACUGAACCUGGAGGAAGGUUCAGACCUCUCUCUGAGAUCACUGGGGUGUGUCCCCGUUGCAAGGAACAAAUCGAUUGGAAACGCCGUUACGGAAAAUACAAGCCGCUUGUUCAACCCGCCAAAUGUCAGAAAUGCUCCAAGCGUAAUGUUCGCCAAGCUUACCAUAACGUGUGUUCUGGUUGUGCCAAGGUGCAUGGUGUGUGUGCAAAGUGUUGUUGCAGUCGGGACCGAAUUGUUGGAAGAGAUAUUUUGGAAGUUGAGGCCGAGCAAAAGUUGCUUGAGGAGGCCAUUAAGAACUCCCGGGAGAGAGAAAGGAGAUCCCUAUUGCGUGCUAUGAACAAAGGAAAAUCUAAGAGUUCAGAUAGUGCCCCAACAGAUACUAAUGGUAGUAAAGUUGGACAAUUAUUUCCAAAUGCGUCACUUGAAGACUAUGCCAAACUGAACAGAGUUAACGUGGAGCAUGAUGAUGGUGAAAUUUUUAAUGGUAAAAAUGAGGAUAGCGAGGGCAAAGCUUGUGAAGAUGAAGAUAAUAACGGUGACACUGAAGAUUAUGAUGAAGAAGAUGAUAACAGUGAGAACGAAGAUUGUGGCGAGGAUGUCAACAACAAUGAUGAAAACAUUCCUGAUCAUACCAGUUCCAAAAAUGAAUGAUUCAGGACGAUAGUAUGUCAGUUUCCAAUAGAAAUUCAAAUUACAACACUUGUAUUGUCGCGGUCUGUUUUGGCUAUACCUGGUGAGCUUUAGGUUAGAGAUAUUUUGUGUUGAAUACAAAUUUUGUUUGUCUUUAUUUUGUCAAUCAAUAUAUGCUUUUAGAGUUUAGAUGAAAUAUGCUCUUGUUCACCUAUGGGUGGGUGUCUCUUGUUUCAUUGUAUUUAACUUUUGAAGUAUAGUCUUUAAUCUUUAUAAUUGUUUUUGAUCCA